AUGAGUUUUGCUUCGGCACAAGAAGAAAAUCUUUGGCUUUCUUCAAAUAUUUUUGGAGAAAAUAAUUUAUCACAAGAACAUUUAAAUCAACAACAAAAUUUAAAUAUAGAACAACAACACCAACAAAUUGGAAGGGUUGCAUCUUGUUCAGAAAUGCUCCAAUCAUUCCCAGAUAUGUCAAUAAAUUGUGAAGAUUCCAAUCAAAAAUUUGAUAAUUCUUUGAACAACCACUCUACUAAUAUUCCAACUUACCCAAUCUCAAGACAAUCAUCAUCUCCUCAUAUUGAGGGAUUCUUUGCGCCUCCAUUUGCCUUUGAUAUAAUGAUUGACCAAAAUGCUUCUAAUUCUGUACUUCCUAAUAAUUUUGGUGGAAAUAUAUCAACACUUCAGCAACAACAACAACCACCGCUUCUAUCAACAAUUAAUGAAGACACACCAAGAAUGUAUACUGAAGCUCUAACAAAUGUUACUUUAGAAACACCAAUGUACCUUUAA